UUCUGCAAGAAUAGCAGUGACAGCUAUAAAUAAGUUGAUAUUAAGUUGAAAAAGAAUUAGAAACAAUGAAUUUGCUACCUAAAACACACGAGGAAUUUAGCCAAGUCGACUAUUGGAAUACAUUUUUCAAGAAACGUGGUAAAAAACAUUUUGAAUGGUAUGGAGAAUAUCCAGAAUUAUGUAGCAUACUUCUAAAGUACAUGAAAGUAAAAGAUAAUAUUUUAAUUGUUGGUUGUGGUAAUUCAACGGUCAGUAUGUGUCUAUAUGAUGCUGGUUAUAGAAAUAUUACUAAUAUUGAUAUAUCACAUAUUGUCAUUAAGCAAAUGCGUGAUAUUAAUGCAUCUGUGAGACCAGAUUUAGUUUAUGAACAAAUGGAUGCUACUCGAUUAACAUAUUCAGAUGAUACAUUCAGUGUUAUAUUGGAUAAAGGUACUUUAGAUGCUCUUAUGCCAGAUACUAAAGAAGAAACAUUAUCUAUCAUUAAUAAAUAUUUUAAGGAAAUUUCAAGAGUUUUACGUAACGGUGGUAGAUACAUUUGUGUCUCAUUACUUCAGGAACAUAUCUUAAAAAAAUUGCUAUCUUAUUUUCCGUAUUCUGGAUUUAUGUUUCGUAUAGUACGUUGCCACGAGGCGGAAGCAAAGACACGAAUAGAAGAAGGAAGUUCGAUUCCAGUUUUCGCGGUGAUCGCCACAAAAUUUAUUAAUCUACCUCAAACUGUUCUGGAAGUAGCAUUAGUCGAUGGUCCUCCAAAGCGAUUGUCAUCAAUAGAUGACAUGGUGUCAGCUAUUUUAUCAGUACAACAAUCGGCAUUGAUUUGUAAUAGCCUUCAAAAGCGUAGCGUGGCCGAUGUUGGAGAAAUCUCAUUAGAUUUGCAUUAUCCUGAUGAUAAACAUCCACGUUAUACAAUUUACGUUUUAGACCAGCCUAGAAUUCGGGGGACAAAAAGUUAUGCGGCAUUUAUAGUGCCACAAGGAAAGGAAACGGAUUGGUUAUUUAGUACCAAGGAAGGAAGACAGCAGGUUCUUAAAAGCGCCCAACAAGAUAGACUUGCUAUUGUUACGUUACGCAGAGAACAUAAAUUUGAUAGUUGGGAUGCUGUGAAAAGUGAACUGGAAGAGUGCAUUUUAAAUUUAGCACCAGAGGGUUUAUCUGGUAAAACUAAUAUCCCAUUUUUGUCGUUGGGUUCAGACGUAGGUGUUAGAAAGACGUGUUACGAAGGGAACAGUGAUUUAAGCGGUCCUUUUGUUGUGGAGGAGAUCGAGAAAGAUGGUUGUGAAUUUAGGAGAUUGAUAUUCUUAAAUAAUCCUUAUGUAAUUCAAAGUGAAGCUCGUCUUAAGCAAGCUAAAUCCAGACGAGGUAAAAUGAAGAAAAUCAUUGAUCCUGGAUUUUUAGCAUGCGAUCAUCAUUUGUACAUGAGCAUCGGUGUUACUGCAGCUAUAAGUGUUAAGGAAUGCGAUGAAAUCAUGAUCAUAGGACUAGGUGGAGGAAGUCUAUGUACAUUUUUGUACAACUGUUUUCCUAAAUUAAACAUCGUAGUGGUUGAAAUUGAUGAUGCGAUGUUGAAGAUUGCUACUGAGCACUUUGGUCUUAUUCUUGAUAAUAGAAUGAAAGUUGAAAUUGCAGAUGGAAUUAGGUUCAUCAAGGAGAGCGCAACGAAAGGAAGGAAAUUCAAAGCUGUACUUUUCGACGUAGAUAGUAAAGACACCACAGUUGGAAUAAGUUGUCCGCCUAAACAGUUUUUAGAAAGUUCUAUUAUAAAAUCAGUCGCUGAUUGUUUAAUGGAUGGUGGUUUUUUCGUUUUGAAUUUAGUCAGUCGAGAUCAAAGUAUAAAGAUGAAAGUGAAAAACGAUCUUAGGUCUGUGUUUAAGUCCAUCGCGUGUUAUUCGGUGCAGGACGAAGUAAAUGAAAUUGUAAUAUGUUCGGUAAAUGAAAACGAUACUGUUAGAUGGAAGAGUAAAUUACAAACAGCUGCCACGACACUAAACGAACAAGUGUCUGUAAGAAAGUUAUUAAAUAAUGCGGAUACGAUUGAUUUAUCAUCUUUCAUGGAAAACUUGUGCAUAGAGUCAUAGUUAAAAAGAUCCUAUUUAACUAUCUGAAUUUUUGUACAUAGUAAAGUGUCUUUUAUAAAAAAUCUUUCAUCCCUAUUUUUAUUACGAGCCAAGAAUUUUCAUGAUAGAAUGAUUCUCGCAUAUUUUAUAGUUCUCAGAAAACGUCACGUGAAAAUAGUGUACAAAGCAGAGUAAAUAACGUUCCGCGACCCUUCAUGUUACGAUAUGUUUGAUUAAAAAUCAAAAAAACGCGAGCUCGGUUCACGACACUCGCAUAUUAGAAAGAUUGCGUGUUAUUAAAGUAACGUUAAUCGCGAUGAA